CCCUCUCUACCAACAUCUGCCCACCUUCCACCAACUCUGCAGGCACAGCUGUUCGUCGUCAUGGCAUCCUGCCUGCCGGUAAUCUCCCUACUGGUGCUGCUCGUCCUAUCCAGUCCUGGGGCUGAUGCCGGGUCAACCCAACACCUGUGUGGGUCUCACCUGGUCGACGCCCUCUACCUGGUGUGCGGAGAUAAAGGGUUCUUCUUCAACCCCAAGACCAAGCGGGACGUGGAGCCUCUGCUGGGAUUCCUCUCUCCAAAAUCAGGCCAGGAGAACGAGGUGGAUGAUUUCCCCUACAAAGGUCAGGGGGAACUGAAGGUGAAGAGGGGCAUUGUGGAGCAGUGCUGUCACAAGCCCUGCAACAUCUUCGACCUACAGAAUUACUGCAACUGAGGCCUCCUGCCCUCAGCAACCAAAGCCAUGCUUUUAAACCAAGAGCUUCUUCUUUCUGAAAGCAUUUCAUGUCUUUGUUUUACAUGAAAGAAACAAACAAAAAAGCUAAAUAUUUUCCCUGUUUAUCUUUUGCAAAAAAAUAAAGUUUCAUUAAAUGAA